CAGCCAGCGAUCAAGAUGAAAGCGUGACGUGAGUGUGGAGUUUAUUUUCCUGAUCGGGUGCGUUAAUAAUGUGGAAGACAUUAAUGAGGAAACAAUAAUAAUUCCCACUACAAAUUAUCGCGUCGAGGAUACUCUCCUGGUUAAUUAAAUUUCUAAACAAUGGAAGCUGACUAUCAACCUGCGCCGAGUCCAGCCAGAAUUUUGACAGCAAUGAACAAUGAAGGUGAAGACCCGUAUCCAAGUCUGUCGGAUUAUCAUGAUUAUGAGCCCAACUUGGAAUUCGACGACACGGAGCUCCAGGCAACUUCGGAUAGUGCCGUGGAACUCCUGGAAGAAAAAAUGGAUUUAAGCACAAGUUGUGGUGGAACUGGGUUGGACUAUUUGGAAAGUCCUGUGAGCGAUGGGACCAUAGAAGAAAAUUUUGAAGAAGCUCUAGUGGAUGCUCCAAUUAUUGAGACGGCAGAUGAUCUGGCAGCACUUGAAGGUGAUCUUGUGGACGAGGAGGAUUACCUUGACAUUGCAAGACUCGGUAUCGUUGAAGUGGUGGGUGACGACAGUGCGGGAAGAAAAGUUAUUGUCGUAUCGGCUUGCAAGCUACCUUCACGUGACGAAGAGAACUUCAAUCACGCCAAGUUAUUGAGAUAUCUCACACAUACCUUAGAUACUUUUGUGGAACAAGAUUAUAGUUUGGUAUACUUUCACCAUGGUCUGACAUCGAAAAAUAAGCCAUCGUACGCGUGGCUGCGGCAGGCUUAUCGGGCCUUUGAUCGAAAGUACAAAAAAAAUUUAAAGGCACUCUACUUAGUCCAUCCAACUAUCCUCAUAAGAUUUGUUUGGCAAUUAUUCAAACCGAUUAUCAGUGCCAAAUUUGGACGCAAAAUGAUGUACGUUAAUUACCUCGAGGAUCUCGCACGACAUAUCAAUCUCGAUCAACUUUGUAUCCCUCAGCUAGUCCUACAACACGAUGAGCAGUUGAUGAUUAAAAACAGAAAAAACUUGCCAGUCAAUCCAGCGCCCACACCUAUCGCAACUCCCAUACCAACCACGCAGUUUGGCGCGAGUCUGCAAUUCAUCAAUGAUAAUAACGGUGGGGAAAUGAUACCACCUAUAGUAACGCAAUGUAUAGAAUUUCUGGACACUCCCGAUGCAUUAGAGACCGAGGGCUUAUUCAGGAGGUCAGCAAACGUCACGGUCAUCAAGGAACUUCAGAAUCGUUGUAACCUAGGUCUGCCUAUAGACUUUCGAGGGGAUCCUCACAUAGCGGCGGUACUUCUUAAGACAUUCCUUCGAGAAUUAGACGAACCACUCAUGACGUUCGAACUCUACGACGAAAUCACCCAGUUCCAAAGCCUGUCGAAAGAGGAGCGACCACAGAUAGUGAGAAAUUUGCUUUUCGAAAAACUGCCAGAAAUAAACUAUCGGCUGUUACAAUACAUAGUUCAAUUUUUAUCCAGGGUAAUGGACAGAAGUGAUCUCAACAAGAUGACUUCCAGUAAUCUGGCGGUAGUGUUUGGGCCCAAUCUAGUGCGAGCUCCAUCGUCGAGGGGAAUGUCGCUGUCAGCGAUUGGCCCGAUAAAUCAAUUCACUGAUUUUUUGUUCACUCAUCAAGAUGAAAUAUUUAUGUUUUAAGACUGGUUCUUUCAUAAACGGUUAAUUGAUGGCCUAGAAGAAUUUAGGAAUUGGUACUCGUUUCAAAUAGGAUGCUAAAACACUAAUCAGGUUGUUUGAAUUGAGAAGGUGAGAAUAUGAAAGUACAUAUUUGGACGAUCACGUUAUGCCAAAUAUGGGAAUUAUUAUUUUUUAACUUUCCUUAGUUUCGUCUUAAUUAAUUUAUUAUCGUGCCAAUAUUUGUGUCAGUACUAUUCGCGUUCGUCAUCGAGUUUUAAUUAUUAAUAUUAACUAACUUAUACCUCACAGAAUCAAUGGAAAUACCUUACCGUAGCUGUUUAAAAUUCGGCUAACGAACGUCGCCGCAACCAUCGAAAUUAUUAUAAUUAUAUUUCAGAAUCGAUCGGAAUACGAUUCGAUGACUUUUAUAAAUCAUUUGCCGAUUUGCCGUUAUCCGGAUAUCAAUUUUAUUACGCUGUCUUACAGUUGGACGGGUUUUUGUUUUUUUUUUUCAGGUCUAAAGCAGCACAGUUUACAUAUGUAUACAUAUUUUUGAAUAUUUUAUACAGUCGAUAUUGAAUUUCAAAAAAACAACAAACUUUUAUACAGUCGCAUCGUUCCAAAGUAUUUGAUAGUAUCGAAUGCACAACAUACCUAUAGAUUAUUAUUAUUAUGAUUAUGAUUUCUUUCGACUUCUAGCAAGAUAUACAUAAUACCGGAGUCUUCGUAAAGGUAGUUUGGAAUGAAUGAAUGAAUAAUACGUGAGCAAACUGAUCAGUGUUGUAUGACAGUUUUGAACGUGUGAAUAAUAUUUAUACAAAACGAAAAAAGAAAAAUUAUGACUGCAUACCAAAGAUAAAUGAGAACGUCAAGUAAUAUGAAUGUAAAAUUUAGAUUUAUUGAAAAACGAAAAGAAAAAUAAUAAUGAAAAAAAUAGUCUAAUUAACUGAUUAAAAUUAGUCACUAUAUAUUUCACGGAAUGAUCUUUGAAGAUUGCAUAUCUCUAGAUAAAUUUAUUUUUUAAUACAACGAGUAUUUUACAUUGAAGCAUAAUUUUUUUCAUUCUAAAAAUUAGAAUAUGGGAUUAUUGGGCAGCUACGAUUUUCUCAUUUCAUUAGUCGAUGUUUCUCUCAGAAAUUUUCGUUACUUUCGGAUUCCGGUGAACGGUUCAAACAAUGCCCAGAUAAUUGGGGGAAAGAUAUAAAGAAGUAUUGUAAUUUUAUACCAGCGUAGGAAGAAAAAAAAUUUGUCAAAAAGUUACGCGAUCUUCGAGACGUUUCCGUGCUGUAAUUUAUAAAUUGUAAAUAAUCUAACGGUGUAUAAAUCUGAUAGAAUAGAUAUAUAGUACUGAUUUAUAAAUAAAAAUAAAAAUGGAUAAAAAAAUCAUUAAUAAAUAAAAUAUUAAAAAUGAAAUCUAAAUAUAAAGAAAAACAUAAUAAAUCGAAGCAUAAACAUGUAAUUUUAGAUACAAAAAAAGAAAAUAAUAAGAAUAAUCUUAGCAUACCCGACUGUUUUAUGCUGGCAUAAUAACGACGAAUAAGUGAAAGAUAAUGAUUUUUUUUUUGCACUAUUCUGUGUCUCGAGAAAAUUUCUUUUUAUCUUUUUUUUAUUUUACAAUUUUGCUUCACAAUCAUCUCUCCGAAUAUACAUUAGAUUUACGAUGAAAUUGUAUAGAGAAAAAAAAAGAUAGAAAUAUAUAUAUAUAUUUUGAAUGAUUGAAAAUAAAUUCCAAUCAUUUUUUUAAAUGAUCGAAAUUAUAAAUUUGAAAGCGUACAGCGUAAAACAUGCAGGGAAUAUAAAAUUAUGUAUUCGUUAGAAAUUUAUUUUAUCAAUAAUUAACGGAAAAAAACUUAUUCAUCUAUUCAAGUACAUUCGCGAAUGGGGGAUAUGGAAAUAAAAUGUGUUUAAAAAUCCUGAUAGCUAAAAAAAAAAACUUGUAAUAUUCACGGAAUGAUUUGGCUCCAUAUUGCAUGAAAAACACGUUGUUGCACUACAUUCCUGUUGGGUCAUUCUCGCAAAAAUUAAAUGAUCAUUACUUGAAAACUCCACAUAUGAAAGAAAGAUAGGGGAAAAAAACGUUGACUCAUCAUUCCAAUUAAUAAUACGUCUACACCUCAACAUUAAAAAAAUAAAUAAAAUUAUUAAAAUCUAAAAGAAAACAACAUCAUCACAUUAUAUUGAACUAUAGCUCUGGUACGAGCUGUAUCUGUUAGGAUAGCUAAAUGUAUGCACGAUCCAUGUACCUGUGAUAGAAUAGCACAUUGUAUCUUUAUCUUUCGAACAUCAUACGGAUCUGAAUAAAACAAUGUAGUACCUACAUUUAUUCCACCAA